UGGAAAAAGAGAGAAAAAAAGGAAAGAGCUCAACAAAUAAACAAAAAACAAAAAACCUCAAGAUUAAGAGGCGCCGUUGCAAAGGCAUUGCCUCAACACAUAACUACUACUACUACUACUUACUGACGUUUGGCAUCUUUACAAGAUGACCAUAUACAGCCUCUUCAUUUUGAGUAAGUCAGGAGGUCUUAUAUAUCAUCAUGACCAUAACAUCCCAACCAUAGAGCAGGAGAAGACUUUCAGUUACCCUCUAGAAGUGAAACUUGAUGUCCAGAACCGCAAUAUCGUUGUUGCAUAUGGUCAGCGUGAUGGAAUCAAAGUUGGCCAUACAUUGGUUGCUGUUAAUGGCCUUAAAGUGACGGGGACUCAGAUGGAUGAUGGGCGUCAUGCCUUAAAAGUGCUUGAGGAUGAAAAUAAUUACCCCAUCAGCUUGAAAUUUGCUAGACCAAAGCUAACAACAAAUGAAAAAAUUUUUCAGGCUUCGAUGUUUUAUCCUCUCUAUGCAUUGGCUUGUCAAUUGAGUCCUGAGCAAAGAAGCUCUGGAAUAGAAGUACUUGAAGCUGAUAUUUUCAGAAUGAACUGUUUUCAGACACUUACAGGUGUUAAAUUUAUGUUGAUCAGCGACCAAAAGCAGGGCAGCGUAGAUGCAUUACUUCACCGAGUCUAUGAGCUGUACACUGACUAUGCCCUCAAAAACCCAUUUUACUCCUUGGAAAUGCCAAUUAGAUGUGAAUUAUUUGAUGAACACUUGAAAAGUACUUUAGAGCAGGCUGAGAGAUCAGGAAUCAGCAAUAUAUAGAUACUGUAUCUUACGUUUCUCCAGUUAUAUUUGUGAAGCUUUGCUAUUCCAUACCCUACAAGAAGCCAGAUUUCAAAGCAAGUAUCACCAUAUUUACAGGAAAGUACAUAGAAGUGGAUAUUAAUUUAGCUUUUUACAAGGAUUGGGAAUAUGAACAGCAGGCUGCUUUUAUCAGAUUAUUCCUUUACCAGUGUAUCAAUCUCCUCUUCAGGAUUAGAGAUGAAUCACUCAUCUAUUUUAGAAAUCCAUCUCCCACUUUAAUGCCACGUUCUGCUGUUCAUUGGGAAUUGAUUUCACUGGAAACACAGGGUACACUGAAAGUACACAUUGAUAAAUGACACUGGGUUUGUUCAUAUAGUAUUUUUCUUAUAAAGCAGUCUCUUGCUGUGUUAAAAUAUCCUGUAAAUCACAGACCACGGAUAAUAUUUUGCUAGUUGUUAACAUUACAUUAAGGCAUCUGUAUCACAUUGUUCCUCUGACCUGCAUGAGUAUAUAAACUGCCAAGAUCUCUACCAAACUGAAUUGGUGUCAAAAAACUUAGCACACACUGUCAGUGGCUACAUGCAUAGCAGGAUCUGAGAGAACACCACACUCUGGGCGAGUGUGCCACCCAGGAUGAUCACGACGCCCUCCACUCCUUUUGCGAGGAACACGUCGAGGAGACCCAGAGGGAGCUGAAGAAUCAUCACUUGUGUCACCAGGAACUUGUGUUGGACGAACAGGAAUUGCUGCAGGACCCCAAGGAAUUCCAAGAUGCUCAGGUGAUGGAGCAUCUCGUCGAGGAGAACAGGAACUAGGGUUUGAUUGAGGCUUUUGUAUAACAUUAUGUGUCGUGAUCCGUUGAGGAUUCCGUAAACCUUCUCGGAACUGACGUGGAACACUGCGGGCAGUCAGGCUGUGUACCUGCAAUACGCAUAUGGUCAAUAAAUGUUUAUAAUUAUGGAGAAGUGUUAAAUACUUGGUACUAUAUGCCACUGGAGUAUUACAAACUACUGUAUGUAUAUACAGUUUUUUAAAAACAGUGUUGCAAUAAAUUAUAGGACUUACAA